UUCCCCGCCCGCCGCGGUGUCGCCCGGCCUUGGCAGCUGCGGGCGCGGCGCGAGGCGAUCCGGACGCGGCGGCGGGGACGACGACCCAGGAGCGAGCGGAGGUCGAGCCGCGCAGCCCCGGCCCGCGGAGACAUGAGCCCGCGACCGCCCACCGCACCCCAGGCGCAGUGGCUCGGCCCCGCCACCCCGUGAUGGGAUCCUGCGUGUCGCGAGAUCUGUUCACAAGUGCCCACAAGAACUGCCCCAGGCCCCAGGGCACAGACCUCCUGAAUCGGGACCUGCCCUCCAGCCAGCCAUCCGCCAUUGCUCCGGACCAUGUUGCUGGCAAGGACAAGCAGAUGGAUUUCUGUUGGGAUCCUUGGCAGAGGUGCUUCCAGACCACCAAUGGCUACAUAUCUGACUCCAGAGCUUGCCCCAGCAACUACAGCGUGGCUGCCCUGGCCACCUCAUCCCUUGUGGGGGUGGUGCAGAGCAUCAAGGACCACAUCACAAAGCCCACGGCCAUGGCCCGCGGACGAGUGGCCCACCUCAUCGAGUGGAAAGGCUGGAGCGCCCAUCAGUCAGGCUGGGAGCUGUCCCCGGCAGAGGACGAACAUUACUGCUGCCUCCCGGACGAGCUGCGGGAGGCACGCUUUGCUGCGGGUGUCGCUGAGCAGUUUGCCAUCACGGAGGCCACUCUGAGUGCCUGGUCCUCUCUGGAUGAUGAACUGCAGCCCGAGGACAGUAUCCAGGGUGCCUUCCAGCUCCAAGACCUCGAGAGUAUCUACCUUCAGGACAGCCUCCUGAGUGGCCCCUCACAGGAUGACAGUCUCCUAGCCUGCUCCCCUGGCCUCACCCUGGAUGAUGGCAGGCCCUCACCAGAGGAGCCCCCGAGCCCCACCCAGCAGCACCGGCAGCGGCUGCCAGGGGCCCGUGGGCCUGAAAGCGGGGCCCACAUGCUUGGCUCGCUGGCGUCGGUGGACAGUGGCUCGCUUUCAGAAGAGGAGGAUGAAGUGUUUUACAACUGAGGCAACCUGGCCAGUGCGUUGUCCGCACAUCCUGCUGGGAGCCCAGCUGCAGCAGUGUACCGUGGGGCAUCUCCCGACUCCUCAGUACAAACGCAGGGUGGAGCGUGACUGGGAUGGUGGCUGGUACUCCUGUAGACCACUCAGUGCCUCCGUGGACCUGCCCACAGCCGGCUCCAGGACUCUAAGCAGACGCCAGGGCAACCAGCCCCAGGAGAGCUGACAGUCGGGGUCCCAGGGGGACCCCAUGCAAAGAUUAAGAGGAUCAUUUGGAGGGGGGGUCUGGGGAGCCAACCCUGACCUGGGCGCAGCCCUCCACAUUCAGGCUGAGCAUCUGCCUCAUGGAAGGUGGGACCGUUUCUCCUGGACUCCUUCAGUCUCUGGACUGUCUGUCUGUCCUUCCUCUCCUACCUGGUUCCUCUGUGACCACCACUUCCCCCAUGCUCCCCAGCCAAGAGGACCCACGUCUUCUCCCUCACACCCCCUCCCUCUCCCACGGGGUUGUCAUGUGACAUUAAAGUAGUGUGUUCAUCCUGGA